AUGCUCAACAACUACACGCCACUCCUGUGUACACUCGCGAUACUGUGCGGGGUGGUGGAGCCGUUCCUCGGCAACACCCUGCCACUGCAUAUAUUCGAGAAUAUCGACCAUGAGCCGGCGAAUAAUCAGAAAGAUGCGAGGAGGGCUGGGAAGCCGCAUCCCGAGAAAGAAUAUACCGUCCGUCGCGUCCCUCCCUACUUCUCGUUCAAGCUGGAGAAGCAGUACCGUGUACACCAGGGCGGCGGGUUGAAUUUGACGUGUGUCGCCGUCGGCUACCCCAUGCCAAGGGUAUUCUGGAGAAAAAGCGGAGACGUAGCCCUUGGCGACCCGCUGACCGCCCCAAUUGGCAAGAAUAUCUUGACGCUCAGCGCUGUCGAGCGAUCGGAGAAUUUCACAUGCGUCGCGGUCAGCAAACUCGGCAAUAUUGAGGCCACGACGACCGUCGAGGCGAGACCUGCUCCUCCCCCUCCCUCAGCUCUUCGAGUCGAUGGAGUCACCGGUGGAUCCGUAACUUUGGCUUGGCAUGCCCCAAAACUGCCCGACGGCGAAGAGGUCGUCAAGUACAUCGUCAAAUACCGUCAAAAAUACGGCGACUCUUCGAAAUUUCGCGUAAAGGAAAUCUCGCCGGAGUUGUUGCGAGCGACGAUUGGCGACCUGGAACCGUUUACGUUGUACGAAUUCACGAUCUCUACCGUCAACAAUAUCGGGCCCGGAAAUCCUUCACCACCAAGGGAGGCGCAAACCGCUGAAGCCGCUCCGAGUACACCGCCCAGAAAGGUGCAAGCCCGUGCGAUGAAUCGUGGAGCGAUCUACGUAACCUGGGAGCCGAGCGAGCAUCCGAAUGGCGAAACGAUCGGCUACCGGAUCCUCUACACCGACAAGGACAAAAAUGCCCCCAUCGAACAGUGGCAAACGAAAGAAGUCACCGGCCAACCGCCAUCACAGCUGCACGAGCUCAAAAUCGACGCUAUCUACUACUUGCACGUGCAGGCCCGAAACCGGAAAGGCCUAAGCCCGCUGAGCCAGCAGGCCACCGUAAUCACUACUCAAGGCAUCCCCGGCCAGCCUCAAGCCGUCGUCGGGAAGGCGCAGGACUCGCGAAGUAUCCAGCUGAUUUGGGAGCAGCCACUUCAGGUACAACCGAUACUCCGCUACGUCGUCUGGAUGAACGGAACCGACGGGGAAAGGGAACUGACCCUCACCACAGCCCAGGAGAAGUAUACGGUCACCGGCCUCGACCCAAACACUUACUACGCUUUUCGGGUCGCCGCAGAGACGCAACGCGGCCGUGGACCGUUCUGCCCUACCGUAGUUGCUCAGACGCUCCCCAGUGCCCCCGUCCCUCAGCCGAAACUCCUGAGCCUCACCUCCGACUCCCCACAUACCCUCACCGCCACUUGGCAACUUGCCAAAAGCGACUCCAUCACGGGCUUUCGACUCCAAUACCGACAAAUCACCGAUUCUUCGAAAAAAUCUGACGAAGAUGAGGACUCCAUUGAACGCCCGAAAUCGAAAAAGCCAAAAAAUGGAAAGCCGUUGGAAUGGGAGACGCUGGAGAUCCUCGGAAACUCGCGAACUACGACGCUAGAAGGACUACGCGCCGAUACUACUUACGAGGUUACCGUAGCCGGGAUGUCGAAGAAGGGCAUGGGCCGGGAGAGCAACUCAAAAACCGCCCGGACGCUGGAGACCGUUCCUUCUCCUCCCCUGAAUCUUCGCGUGGAAUUGACAGAUGCAAAUGAGGCGCGACUACAGUGGGAUGCGCCAAUAUCUUCAAACGGGGCCCUCCGUGGAUUCUACGUCUACAAGGAGAAGCUCGUGAACGGUGUGCCGGUGCAUGACAAACUACACAAAGUGGCCGCAAUUCAAGAUCCGGAGAAAACCGAGUUCAUCGUCGAGCGCCUAGAACCGAACACCGAGUACGCGUUCCGCGUCAAUGCUUUUAAUAGACAUGGCGAUGGCGAAUUUUCGGAGAGCCGAACGAUCAUGACUGGAGGGAUACCGCCACCGCCUCCGCAAAUCGUCUCCGUUUCGGUGGAGCCGAGGGAUCCGGAUGGGUAUCCGGUGAAAGCUCGCGUAUCUUGGGCCACGCCGGAGUUGAAGAGUUCGCAUGAGCAGCCGGUGGAUAGAUAUCUCUUAUGGUACCGCGUCGAGGGCAAGGAGUACACAAAACUCGUCGUCAACGGUACCGAAACGGAGGCCUGGCUAACAGGACUAUGGCUCGGCAAGACCUACGAAAUCAUGAUCUGCGCCGAAAACGCGGAGGGGGCAUCGUUUAACGUGACCGAAAGGCUGGUGACACCGAUUGGGACCCCGGAUGCAGAGCCGCAGGGCGUACACUACGAAGUCGCCGAUGGACAGAUGCGAAUUUCGUGGGAGCCGCCAGCAGAAGAGCGACGAAACGGCGAGAUCACCUCCUACCGAGCCAUUCUGACUCCCAUGCACUCCGAGGGGCAACCUGUCGAGAAAACGGUGGCUGGCAGUGACAAGGCGGCCGUUUUCAACAUCGAGCCGCGCAAGAGCUACACUUUCAAGGUCGCCGCCGCCACGAUGAAGGGCUACGGGCCGUACUCGCCCGUCUUGACGAUCAACCCCGACCCGACCGUUUUGCGUCUUUGUGGAACUGGAGUAAAACUCCGAAGCUGUACGCAC